AUGAAAAAUUGGAGCGAUUUAUCAGAUCGCCUAAGAUCGGAAGUGAUUCAAUAUUUGAAUCAAAAUGAUCGGUGAGACAUUUUUUUUCGGAAAAAAUUUUUUCUGAAAUUUUUUGAAAUUUAGAAAAUUACAGCCUCAAGUUUGCUGGAAUCUCAUUUCAAUGUUUGAAAGAGACAAUUUUUUAUGAGAAAAAUAUUGUGACACUUGAGAUUAUCAAAGAAAAAUCGAAUAUUUUUCUGAAGGUUGUGUCGAUUUUCAAGUGAGUUUUGGGGAUUUUUUGAAAAAUUCCAAAUUUUCUUGAUUAAAUUUUGAAACGUAUAAUUUUCAGGGAAUUUUUGAGCUCAAAAAUUGAAGCUGAAAAUCAUUUUUGAAAAAUUUUGAUUAAAAAUUUUCGAAAAAUUCCGAAUUUUCUUGAUUUAGAGAAUUUUUUGGGCUAUAAAAAAUUAUUUUUUUUCAAAAUUAUAGCCAAAAAAAAAUUCGCAGAAAAUUAUACGUUUCAAAAUUAUAUCAAGAAAAUUUGGAAUUUUUCAAAAAUUCGAUUAAUUUGAAAAAACUCCAUUAGGAUUUUUUAAUCAAAAUUUUUCAAAAAUGAUUUUCAGAUUCAAUUUUCAGCUUCAAUUUUCGAGCUGAUUUUCACAUGAAAAUGCCACGUGGAUUUUGAAAGCUAAAAUUUUCUGAAUAAUUUUCAGAAACAUUUUCAGAAGCCAAAUUUUUAGUGGUGCAAAAUAUGCCACGUGGAUUUUCGGUUCCAGAAAAAUUUUGAAAACAUCCAAAAAUUUUUUCAUAAUUUUUUUUGGAACGUAUAAUUUUCAGGCAUUUUUUUUCACCUAAAAAAAUUCCACGUGGAUUUUUUUAUAGAAAAUGAAAAUGAAAAUGCCACGUGGAUUCUGAAAACUAAAUGAAUUUUCCAGAAAUUUUCAGAAGCCAAUUUUUUAGUGGUGCAAAAAAUGCCACGUGGAUUUUUUUGGGAACAAAAAAAUCCACGUGGAAUAUUCUUGGUGAAAUCAAAUUUCGAGAAAAUUUCCGAAAUCCUUGUGAAAAAUUUGAAACGUAUUAUUUUUGGGGAGGAUUUUUUUAAACUCGAAUUUUGGAAUUGAAAAAAAUUGGAUUUUCGGUUGCAGAAAAAUUUUGAAAUUUUUUUGGAACGAAAAAAUUCCACGUGGAUUUUUUGGUGCUCAAACUGAAAUUCAGGCCUAGGCUCAUUUUCAGGCCUCAAAAAAUCUCCAAAAAAAUUUUUUUUCCAGCUCCUACGAUCUAAUCUUCCAACAAACGGGCUCAAAUUGCCUAGUCAAAAUCGAUCAAAAAAAUCAACUCUGGAAAGGUUUCGCCAACUUCAAAACCAUGGCCUACGGAUUUUUCGACGAUCUAUUAUCCAUCUCCCAAACCACUCUAGUCAAUCUAAAAAAUCAUUCACGCAAAUCUAAACCUGCGACAAAAUCAGAUCGAAAACUUUCCGCAACUCGCGAUGCUCAAAAUCUCAACUUCCGAUAA